AUGAGCUGCUUAUUGAUUUGAUUGACUUGAUUUUGAUUGACUUAUAACAUUCAUACGAAUAUACGAAUACCACAAUAACCUUACCACCAAUACAAUAUCACUACCACUCUAUUUGUUGGUCCAAUAUCUAAUAAGAGGUUCAAAGUCAUUGUUUAUCCCCCAUCCCCCCAUCUCUAUUUCCCAUCUUCGACAACAUCAUCGCUCUUCUCAUCUUAAACAUCAUUUUUGCCCUCCUUACAAUCAAUAUCUGGAUCUUAGUUUUUUACUUCUCUUCUACGACUCCUCUUCCAUCCAUCAAUUAUAUCAAACACAUCCUUGGAUGCCUCAAAAUACCGCAUAAGACCCAAGGACAAGGAGAGAAGGCUGGACAAGUAAAAGAUAAGGAAAGAAAAACAGACAGACAGACAGCAAUUGCAAAAGGAAGGAAAGCCAAAAGGAAAUCAAAAAAGUAAACAAAUUUCCUAUUUCUUGAAUAUUGCAACCUUCCAACCUUCCAACCUCGCAAUCCUUUUUUAUAUUCCUUCUCCUCUUCAUUCUUUAUCAGAACGGAGUGCGAAAUGUUGUUGUGUUGGUUGUAUCCCACAUCAAAAUGGAGCUCCAAUUGAAUAUUUUCUAAGAGGUUCUAUAGGAUUCUAGCUACGGGGAAAAAAAAAUCUCACAUUCACCAACACAAAUUUACGGCUCUCACAACCACUGUAAGCCAUUAAAAUCAUCGUCAUUUCCAGUGUGUCCAACCACAAUCGCUUGCCAGUCCGGCUACACGCAGCUACCGUCAUCCCAAUCAGUGGGAUUUAUUAUUCAUUCUCAAUGUCAUUUAACCUCUUUUCGAAAACACCAAGAAAAGCAAAGAAACCUGAAGAUAACGAGGAGGGGAUUCAAAUUGAUUCGUCUCGGUCAAGAUCUCCACUAAAGAAGUCUUACUCGAGAUCCAGUAAAAGUAAGGAAGAGGAACAUAUUAAAUCGGAAGAAAAACAACACUCCGGCCAAACAAAAUCUAGCCGUAUUCGACGAAAGUCGAGCGCUUAUCCAUCGCAAACUGCUUUCGACCCAAACACUACCCAUCCUUUAAAUCUUCCGCCAGAUCAAUUGCGGAGGUUAUCUACUCAAGUUAGGAUGUCGGAACCGAUGGAUAUUGACGUUGAGUCUUCUUCCAGCCCUCGCAAUCCUUCCCCGCCACCCGCCACAAGCUCACAGCCAAACACUCAGCCAAGCACACCAAAGCCUGCAGAGCCUGCCCCCAAGCCUUCCUCAAAGUCUGCUCCCAAGCCAGUUCCGCAUUCAAGUGCAUCCAAUGGUCAAAAUGCCACAGCUAAUGGAGAGGGACCACCUCCUCCCCCACCAGCUCAUAAAUCAAACCCAACUAGUCCUCAAGCUGUAGCACAACCAACUCUAGAAGAUGCAGAAACAUUCAAAGAUGCAGGAAACAGAUAUUACAAGGCUAAGCAGUAUAAGAAGGCCAUUGAAGAAUACACCAAGGGUUCGUGCCUUCGAAAGGCUUUGAUAAGUGACAAUCGCUGAUCUUUAAACUAUUUGUAGCCGUCGACGCGAUGCCAUUAUCAUCCACUUACAUCAACAAUCGCGCCGCUGCUUAUAUGGCUGCUGGUCAAUAUUACCAGGCUUUAGAAGAUUCCAAGCGAGCUGAUCAACUUGACCCCAACAACCACAAAGUACUUCUUCGUCUAGCUCGAAUCUACAUCAGCAUGGGAUUACCACAGGAAGCUAUGGACACUUUUGGCCGUAUUCAACCACCUCCUUCUGCAAAAGAUAUGGCUCCAGCUAAAGCUAUGCUGCAACAUCUUGCAUCUGCUGCAGACGCACUCAAGAACGGGACCGGGUCAAUGGCAAUACACUCGAUCGAGCAGGCAGAAAAAUUACUUGGGACAGGUGUACCUAGGCCACGCAAAUGGCAAUUGAUGCGUGGUGAGGCUUAUCUGAAAAUGGGCAACGUUAAUGCUUUGGGAGACGCACAAAAUGUGGCGAUGUCUUUGUUACGCAGUAACAGCCAGGAUCCCGAGGCGCUUGUCUUGAGGGGAAGAGCUUUGUACUCCCAAGGCGAGAACGACAAGGCCAUACAGCAUUUCCGACAAGCUUUGACAUGUGAUCCUGAUUAUAGAGACGCAGUCAAGUAUUUGAGACUGGUCAGGAAGGUUGAUCAGCUGAAAUCCGAAGGAAAUGCAGAGUUCAAGGCUGGGCGGUACCAGGAUGCUAUUGCAAAGUACAGUGAAGCUCUUGGACUCGACCCUACCAACAGAGGAACCAAUUCAAAGUUGCUGCAGAAUCGUGCUUUGUGCAAAUCCCGCCUCAAGGAUUAUGCGGCCGCCAUUGAGGAUUGCGAACUAGCUCUUCAACUUGACCCUUCAUACACGAAGGCCAAGAAGACAAAGGCCACUGCUCUUGGUGAAUCUGGCCGGUGGGAGGAUGCUGUGCGCGAGCUUAAGCAGAUACAAGAACAAGAUCCAUCGGACGCGAGCAUUGCUAGGGAGGUGCGAAGAGCUGAACUAGAGCUGAAGAAGAGCAAGAGAAAGGAUUACUACAAGAUCCUUGGCGUGGAGAAAGACGCAGAUGACAAUCAGAUCAAGAAGGCUUACAGAAAAGCUGCCAUCAUCCAUCAUCCAGACAAGAAUAGGGAUGAUCCACAUGCUGAGGAGCGAUUCAAGGACAUUGGAGAGGCCUAUGAAACCUUGAGUGACUCUCAGUAAGUUUAACCUAUUUUUAUGUCACCACUUACAGAAUCUAACAGAAUACAUUAGGAAACGUGCACGAUACGACAGUGGUGUAGACUUGGAGGAUCCAAUGGAUGGUUUUGGAGGUGGUGGCAUGGGAGGUGGAGGAGGAAUGAACAUUGAUCCGGGUUGGUCUACAUUUUCGAAUUAUCAACAUCCCACCGCUAAUAUCUUCAAUAGAAAUCCUCAUGCAGAUGUUCGGAGCCCAGAUGGGUGGUGGUAUGGGUGGUGGUAUGGGUGGAGGCCGGGGGGGUGGAGGAGGUUUCCACAGCUUUGGCGGAGGUAUGCCUCAAGGAGGUCGGUCUCGAGGCGCUCCUCAAGGCUUCCCCGGUGGAUUCUCGUUUCAGUGACAAGAUAAAGAUCAGGAUCAGGAUACGAAACAAGAUCAAUCCACCCCUCAGGACAGUUCAAGGAGUUCGCGUCAAAAUCCUGAUUUCUCAAAAGCUCAAAAUAUCGACGAGACGUGGUGGCUACGUAAAGCAUGGAUGGGUUUCCUUUUGGCGGGCGUUCUUAUUCCUCUUGAUCUCUUGGCCCUUCUAGCUUUUUUAAUGGCCGGAGUGUACAUUUGCAUCAGAAUUACCAUGUAUGUGCGUCGUGUUUACGACGCUUCAUAGAACUUGGGGGGACUAGAUCUCAUUGCAGGCGUUUGUCGUGGUUUUCCAAUUUUGUUCGAAGCUUUGGAAGCAUGAUGAAAGGAUAACCAUAUACAUACUGGCCAGAUUUUGAAACAGCAUCAAAAAAUUUGAGAGGGGGUAAUGUGGUAUAUGAGAAAUCGAAAUGUACAUGUCUGAUGGUAUUUAUCAUAAUGGCAUAGGAUUUCUUUUAUUACUUUGAGCUAAAUAGACUAUUAAUGAACGUAGUUUGAAGAU